CAGAAAGCCCAAGACCAAGAGGAACAAAAACCCUAGAAAAAACCCUAGAGCCUAGAAUUUUCACCAGAGCUGCAAGCUCAGUUGCUCACACGACUCUCUCUCUAUCCCUUACUAUCUCUCACUUGUUUUUAAAGAGAAAUUCUUCCAUUGUAGCUCUCUGCUUUCAAUCGGAACGAGAAGAGAGAGAGAUGGCGAAGCGUCUUAUUCCGAGUCUGAAUCGGGUUCUGGUUGAGAAGAUUGUUCCUCCCUCGAAAACCACAGCCGGGAUUCUCCUCCCUGAGAAGACCAACCAGCUGAACUCAGGGAAAGUGGUAGCAGUUGGACCUGGAACACGAGACAAGUCAGGGAAUCUCAUCCAAGUCUCUGUAAAGGAAGGGGAAACUGUUCUCUUGCCCGAUUAUGGUGGCACUCAAGUCAAACUCGGUGAUAAAGAGUACCAUCUUUACAGGGAUGAAGACAUUUUGGGAACUCUACACGAUUGAUCGAUGAUUGAAAGUUUUGGAGGGUUUUGGGCUUUUUUUUUUCUGAUGUAUUGGGGGAAAUGUUGUAAGAAUGAUCCUUCUUCAUGCCUCCAUUGGAGAGGCUGAAUUAAAUCAAAUCGAAGCAAUUUUGAUAAA